GUCGCGCCCCGGGCGGGGCGGGGCGGCGCUGCCUGCAUGACCCUCCGGCGGCGCGGGGAGAAGGCGACCAUCAGCAUCCAGGAGCAUAUGGCCAUCGACGUGUGUCCCGGCCCCAUCCGGCCCAUCAAGCAGAUCUCCGAUUACUUCCCCCGCUUCCCGCGGGGCCUGCCCCCCGCCGCCGGGCCCCGAGCCGAGGCGCCCCCGGACGCCCCCGCGAGCCCAGCCGCGGCCAGCGCCGGUCACCGCAGCCCCUCCGACGGCGCCCGCGACGACGACGAGGAUGUGGACCAGCUCUUCGGAGCCUACGGCGCCAGCCCGGGCCCCAGCCCCGGACCCAGCUCGGUGCGGCCGCCCGCCAAGCCACCGGAGGACGAAGCGGACGCCGACGGCUACGAAUCGGACGACUGCACCGCCCUGGGCACACUGGACUUCAGCCUGCUCUAUGACCAGGAGAACAACGCCCUGCACUGCACCGUCAGCAAGGCCAAGGGCCUGAAGCCAAUGGACCACAAUGGACUGGCGGACCCCUACGUCAAACUGCACCUGCUGCCCGGAGCCAGCAAGGCAAAUAAGCUCAGAACAAAAACUCUGCGGAACACGCUGAACCCCACGUGGAAUGAGACGCUUACGUACUACGGGAUCACGGACGAGGACAUGAUCCGCAAGACCCUGAGGAUCUCUGUGUGUGAUGAGGACAAAUUCCGCCACAAUGAGUUCAUCGGGGAGACGCGGGUACCCCUGAAAAAGCUGAAGCCCAACCACACCAAGACGUUCAGCAUCUGCCUGGAGAAGCAGCUGCCGGUGGACAAGACAGAGGACAAGUCCCUGGAGGAGCGAGGCCGCAUCCUCAUCUCGCUCAAGUACAGCUCGCAGAAGCAGGGCCUGCUAGUGGGCAUCGUGCGCUGUGCACACCUGGCCGCCAUGGAUGCCAACGGCUACUCGGACCCCUACGUAAAAACAUACCUGAAGCCAGAUGUGGACAAGAAAUCCAAACAUAAGACAGCGGUGAAGAAGAAAACCCUGAACCCGGAGUUCAACGAGGAGUUCUGUUAUGAGAUCAAGCACGGGGACUUGGCCAAGAAGACUCUGGAGGUCACUGUCUGGGAUUACGACAUUGGAAAAUCCAAUGAUUUCAUUGGUGGCGUGGUUCUGGGCAUUAAUGCCAAGGGCGAGCGCCUGAAGCACUGGUUCGACUGCCUGAAGAACAAGGACAAGCGGAUCGAGCGCUGGCACACACUCACCAACGAGCUCCCAGGGGCAGUGCUCAGUGACUGACUGCCCCACCACUGCCACCAGCCCCUGCCACGUGGCCCUGGGCUUUCUCAGCUGCCACCAAGGGCUAUAGCCCCUAGGAUGGGAGGGGUCCAGGAUGGCUGCUCAGACUCAGAGCCACUGCAGACCCCGGCGUGGAGGGACUAGGAGCACUCAGCCACUCAGGGGACAGGAAGGCACAGCACCAGGCCCGUUUCAGCCCGCUGGGGCCCAGGAGGGCAGGAGGUGGGAGAAGGCAUAAUCUCAGAACCGCCCGGGAGAAGAGCCAAGGCCGUCCAGGGCGAGGGCUUGAGGUCCGUGGGAGAGUGCCUGGGAGAGCGCAGAAACACGAGUGCCCCGGCCAGCGCCAGGGAGAGCGGGGCAGGACUGUGGGCAAGCAGAGCCCGGGGCUCCAGCUGUCUUCAACAGGAGAGUCCUAUCCCGCUCACUCGGCACUGCUAGGCAGGUGGAAGAAGUGAGCCAAGCAAGGCUCCGGUGGACAGCAGUCUGCAAGCCCUGGGCGUGAUGAGCUGUGGGCCUGUCCUUUGGGAUUGUCCCAUCUAGUGAGGAAACUGGACACAUGGGGUUAUAAGGGGACACCACGCCAGAUGCCUUUGGGGGCUGUAGGUACUGCUGACUGCUGAGAGCAGAAAAGGCUUCCCUGAGGAGGUAAGGCGCUGCGUGUCCUUGAAGAGCCAGAGGGGGGCUGUAGGCAAAGGGGAAGCAAAAUCCAGGCAAUGGGCAGACCCACAAAGGCCUGGAGAAGAGGUGGAGAGUAAGCUGGGGUCAUCCUGGGACUGGUUGUAGGUUAAGCAAGAGCCGGGCUUGGAGGCAUGUGGAAGCACCAUGGAGAGACAGGCUGAGUGCUCACACUGAGACCUCUCGUGUGACCUCUUUCUGCUCCUGAGGGACCUCGAGGACAGAUGUUGCCCCCUCUCUUCCUUGCUUAAGUGACCGGCUGUGAGGAGAAGAGAAGUUGGUUCUUUGGGAGGGAAAAGAAGCGAGCACUCCUCCUGCCUCCCUGUCCUCUCCGGGCUCCAGCUGGGUUUCAGGCCCCUGUCAGCUACCCAUGGCACCCUAGCCCAGUACAGGCAGCCAUGUCAUUUUCGAGACCGUCAGUGGCCAUCCAGGGCCUUAUUUCCAGAGUGGCCUGGGUGUACCAGCUCUGCCUUCAAGGGAUAAGAGGCCCAGCCCAGGCUUUCUCUUCAGGAAAGGGUCGGGGACCAUCUCAGUCUUGGGGCUCAGGCCGGAAGCCCCACCUCCAAUGCCUCCUGGUUACUUAUGGCUUCGGGAACACAUGAUGAACGUAUUUGGAACAAGAAGCUUCACCAUCACCCCCACCCCAAACCCUGCUGCAUUCAACCCAUCAAUGCACGACAGGGCACUGAGGUCCUAAGAGGGAAGGUGGCCCACAUGAGGUCUGGUACCCUGGCACAGCUGUACCAGGACGGCUCAUGGUUCAAAUCCCAAGUGCCUGCUAGCCCUUCCUGGGUCAGCAUGGAAAGCAGGUCUCCAGCCCCACAGACCUAUUCAUGUCCCUGUUCACAGCAUCUGGGUUUCCUUCUAAAGGAAGCUUUUGCCUGGGUCAACAGGCCCUGUCUACAUGGGGUGGCUAGCUCUGCUUUACACAUGAAACCGUUUCAGAGAAGCCGCAUCACGCAUGGCCACGCAGCAGGGAGGGGGCAAAGCAGGAUUUAGGAUUGUCCCAAGGCACCCCAAAACCCACAGACAGGCCCUGGAACUCACCUGCUUCCUCCCGGUCCCUAGCCUGUGGUCAGGGGACCAAAGGUGACAGCCCUUCUUAACUCCACACAAUAGAGAGGCUCUGAGGGGGUUGGCCUGUGUUAAGGGGCCUACUGAGCUCUGAGCAUCUCAGCUCAGCUCUUUGUAAUGGCUUGUGGAGAGGAGCCCUUGAGAGCGCACUCGUUGCUCUCUUGAAGAUGUGGAAGUGCGUCUUGGAACUGGGGAAAGUGAGGCCCAGCAAGGUGACGGGACCCAGCUGGGACAAGAAACCUAGAUUUUUGGCACCCAGUCUUAGGGUCCUCUGCUUCCCCAGGUUGUGCAGAAGAGGGUUUGGGCCUAACAGAUGAACCUUGCCAACUCCAGGGACAGUCAGGGAGAAAGAUGGACUUUAGGGCCAUCUAGCUCAGGUGCACGUGACUGGGCAAGAACUCACUAGAAAAUGAUGGGAUCUUCCCCAGGAUCCUGGGGCUAUUCUAGCCCUGUGAAUAUUACAUCUCAAUUAAAGAAAAAUAACUGCAGAAUCGGCUCUGCUUUUGACCCCAACAGGGCAUCUUGUUCUGGUCCAGGAAAUUUGGUGCCCGCCCCCCCAAAAAAAUCAAAAAUCAGGUGUCAGUACCCAGGGGUUCGCCCUGGUUUCCCGGACAGGCCCGUCUUCCAGCCUUGAGGCGGUAACCUCCUGACCUCUAGUGGCAAGAACGAGGAAGUGCACCUCCCCCGCCCGCCGAGCCCGGGCCGUGCAUGUCCCUUCCAUCCUCCACCGGGUGAACCUCGGAUGCAUGGACUCCGGCUGUCGUCGACGCAGACUCGUGCACUGCUUACCACCGUUUUUGCUACCACGUGACGGCUGCAGAAGCAACCCUCAAACUGCAGCCCCACAAUACAACUUUUGUACUUUCGUCUGACUUUCCCGAAGGUGUCCUUUUUAAGUCUUCUCUGUUAAUAUUUAUAACGACAUAUAAUCCAAAGUAAAUGGAAACGUCAUAAUGCGAUCAUAA